AUGUCAGAGUCAUCUAGUGCUUCAUCGCCUACGCCGCCUGCUUCGCCGCCGCCUGCUUCGCCGCCUCCUUCGCCACCGCCUGCUUCGCCGCCUCCUUCACCGCCUCCUUCGCCGCCUCCUUCGCCGCCGCCUGCUUCGCCGCCGCGAGAAUUGCAGUGGCCUUUUCGCGAAGAUAACGUCCGACACUUUAACGAUGACUUCCUCCCUUCCGUCAUUCUCCGUCAUCCUGCGGGCUUCACCGCCGAGGUUAGAAUAUCUUGGACGGACACUAAUGGCGAAGAGUUGUUGUUUCUGAGCGAGAGGGCGAAUUACAGACUUCCAAACGGAAUUCGAGGAGGCAUCGCGAUUUACUAUCACGAGAAUGGAGAUUUGGAGAAGCCUAGCAUUGCUCGAACCUUACCUUGGAGAAUCGAGGAUCUGACGAAUGAACCAAAUCUCAGCCAUACAGGACUCGAACUCAAUGCAGCGGCGUUUGUUGAUCUCGUUAUUGACUCUAAUCAAGAAGACAUCCGAAACUGGCCUUAUGGAUUGGAGCUCCAGUUACGUGUUACUUUGGGAUCCACCGGAAAUUUGGAUUUAACAUGUCGUGUAAUAAAUCGCAGCGGGAAAUGUAUCUCGUUCAAAUUUGCCUUUCACACCUGCUUAUCUAUCUUAAAUAUUAGUGAUACGGAGAUUGAAGGAUUAGAGGAAGUGGUGUAUCUAGACCUUUUGCAGGACGGCAAUCGAUUUACUGAAGGGGAUGAGCCUAUCGUUAUCGAUGAUAAACUGCAUAGGAUGUAUCUAGAUACCGGCGAGCAUAUCUCUGUUAGGGACAAUCAGGCUGGAAGAACUUUUACGAUUAGUAAAAGUUCCGAUGAUCUACCUAAUAUUGUUGUGUAUAAUCCAUGGCAUGAUGCAAGUAGAUUAAUUGAUAUGGGAGAUGACGAGUAUACGCACACAAUUUCUAUUGAGGCUGCUGCUAAGGAGACGGAUGUUAUUUUGAGGACGAAUGACUCGUGGAAAGUGAUUCUAACUCUCUCUGCCGGUGACUUACACUGAAUUCGAAUUGAUGGGCAUCUUAUAUCAAAUAUUAACUACAGUUUGUUAGUUUA